GAGAGAGAACACACACACAGAGAGAGAGAGAGAGAGAGAGAGAGAGAAAGAGGGAGCUAGAGAGCGAUGGCAGGAGCUGGUGAUGGCAUCCCACCCUUCCCACGGCUACAAAGAGCGAGCUCUGGGAUGGCCAGGCCGUUAGCCGGCGGAGUCAACUCGAGCCAGGCCGGUCCAGCAGGAGUCGACGCCGACCAGUCCGGUCCAGCCGCCGGGAACCCGGCCCUUCCCGGCAGCGCUGACCCGGCCGCCGCCACCUCUGCCACCCAACCCCAGGUCAGCAACCUCCGGGAGCAGGACCGUUUCAUGCCGAUCGCCAACGUCAUCCGCAUCAUGCGCAAGGUCCUGCCGUUGCAAGCGAAGAUAUCUGACGACGCCAAAGAGACGAUCCAGGAGUGCGUGUCGGAGUAUAUCAGCUUCAUCACCGGCGAGGCCAACGAGCGCUGCCAGCGGGAGCAUCGGAAGACCAUCACCGCCGAAGACGUGAUCUGGGCAAUGGGGAAGCUUGGCUUUGAAGACUACGUUGCCCCACUCAAUCGGUACCUUCAUCGCUACCGCGAGCUGGAGGGCGACCAACGCGUGGGCCUCCGCGGCGAACAUUUCCCUAUCAUCAAGCACCGCCGCCACCCCCAGAUCAGGGACAUCGACCGCUCUCCUCCCGUCCGUGCCCAGACACCCUUAAUACGCUCGCCGCGGCCACCUCCUUCGAGCCUCGUCAUGCCACCGACUGCGCCACUUCCUCGCCUCAACCAUCUUUUUGGCGAAGACCCAGGAGCAGGCUACUUCCUUGGGAUGUAUCGAGGUGGGGAUGGUUCUGGGACAGGCAACUCGGAGGCUCCACCAAUGCCUGACUUCUUUCCGUAAAAGUCGUCUAGUAGUAUGUAUGUCACAGCAAAUAACGAUAGCAUAUAUGUAGGAUAUAUAGUAGUGUUAAGUACUGAUGGGAGAGCAGGGAAUUAAAGAGGUCUUCUUUGUUUUGUGGAAUUGGUCACAACUAAGAGAAGGUGGAUGAGCUUUGAGAACGUUUUACUUGGGGUUGGAGUAAAGUUUAAUUGAUAGCUGGAGUUUGUUGGAAGGGACAACUUGGAGGAAGAGGGUAGUGGACAGGUAUCAUUUUGGGGAUGUGGCCUUCUCCAUUCGUGGUACUGUGAUGAGUGGAGACUGUCUUGUUAAAAAUUUGCUAAUAA